UUCGCUCUCCUCUCUCUCUCUCUCUCUCUCCACUGUCAGCCUCAGCAGUCUCCACACCGGAGCUAGACACUGGUGCAGCGCCGAUCCAUCCAUACAUACAUGCACGUGUGUGUUUCGUGGGUGCCGGGCUCUUGAGAACGCUCACCGUUUCGAGUGCGUGUUAAGUGUGCGAGCUGAUCUGCAUGAGAAUGUGCAUGUGAGCCCUUCUGGAGCAUCUUUUUUAUUGGAGGGGCAUGUGUGCAGAGCGAGAGACAGCGUGAGGAUGCGUGGUGGGCAGGUGUUGUUGUGAUCGGUGGAGUUUUCGGUGUACUAUCGUCGUGCUGUCUGCCUCCCCCUCCCUUCCAUUUGGUUAUCUCGUGAGGGCAAAAAAAGCAUCCUGCUGGGAUGUCCACCUCGCCUGGUGCAACAGACGGGAGCCAAAGGAACUCUUUGGAGCUAGACACGGAGCACGCACAGAGGGUCCCUGGGGCGGAUCAGGGAGGGGCCCCAGCCCCCCAGGUCAAGCUGAAAGAGAGGCAGAAGUUCUUUGAGGAGGCCUUCCAGCAAGACAUGGAGCAGUAUCUGUCCACCGGCUACCUGCAGAUCGCUGAGAGGAGAGAGCCAAUAGGAAGCAUGUCGUCCAUGGAGGUGAACGUGGACAUGCUGGAGCAGAUGGAUCUGAUGGACAUGUCUGACCACGAAGCCCUGGAUGUGUUUCUGCACUCUGGGGCAGAGGACAACAGCGCUGCCUCGCCUAUCGCAGAUGUUGAGGCCUUCACCACAGAGAUCAGUCUCCAGGUUCCCACCCAGGCUGAGCUACGCCACAAGCUUUCUUCCCUUUCAUCCACCUGCACCGACUCAGCCAGCCAGGACACAGAGGCCGGGGAGGAGGACGACGAGGAGGAAGAAGAGGAGGAGACUGAGCAGGGAGGAGGUGGGGUUGUUGGAGGAGGAAGGAGGAGAAGGGCCCCCGUGGUGGUGACCCUGGAUGAAGAAGAGGUGCACCCCGAUACAGCGUUGGUAGACGGGGUGGACCAAGAGAAGACAAGCAAAGACAGUGAGGCGAGCAGGCCGAAGGUUUGAGGACACGUGGACUCGAUUUAAACACAAACGCACAGAGCUGCAAAAUCAAACUGAGAUAUAUAACUAUAUUGGCUUCCUUCUCAAAUUGUCAUACCGAAGAAAAACGUGAAAGAAAAUACACCGAGGUUGCACUAACUGCCACAUUACAUUGCCUUAAAAGACCACUGAUGCGAGUUUUCAAUUCUAAUUGAAUCCUGUAAAAUAGGUUUGAGUUCCCUUUAGCAUAAUAGCAUUGAAUGGCUUAACAUGCACAUCAAUAGUUUGAAAUGAUCCAGAGAAUGCUCUAAAUAUUCUGUUUCUGUGUUUGUGCAUGUUGAAACCAACAUGCCUGUUACUGAUAAGUGAUGGGGACAAAGAGAAAUAUACACUAAAAUCAUCCAUGUGUCCCUUUUGCUGCUCUUUAUUUUCAUACUCCAUGCUAAGACGUACAUAUUCGCUAAACUGCAGCUGUUAAGCAUUAAUUUAUGUGUUGGAGACUGGUGAUUUUUUGCAGAGUAUAAAUUAUAUGAUGAUGUUUUGUGCCAAAUACUUGCCAAACACAAAAAGGCUAUCACCAGUUCUCUCAUGUUUAUGGCAUUUUAUUUUGAAAACUUACUGCAGGCCACAAAGGUAAAAUAUGUCAAAUAAAUAAAAUGUUUAAUGCUUAAAGCAUUGACAAAUGGCAUUAAAAAACUUAAAAACAGCUCAAAACCUGACCUAAUAAAGCCUUUUUGUAAUUUGGGUGAAUUGCCCCUUUAAUAUAGUAUAUAUAUAAUAUAGCAAAUGCUAAAUAAUUAGCGCAGAGCACUUGACUGAUGCAGCUGCAGAGGGCACAUGGAUGCAUUUUUCAUGACUUUAUGGAUAAGCUGAACCCCCAAAGCUUGUUACAUUUCUUUAAUUGGUUUAAUAGCUGGAUGCUGCAAUAUUUUAAAUUCAAACUACCAAUUAGAAAAUGCUUUUAUGCCAUUGACUUUGAUAAACAAGGCGUAAUAACUGGCAGUCACCUGGCAGUGGGCUUCUACACCACAUAGUACUAUAUAGCUGACAGACCACAGAUGGAGUUCAGGUACCAAGAUAUUUAACACACACACAUGCACGCACACACACACACGCUGGAGAGUUACCCAUUGCCAUUCCUUUGACCAAUAAUAUUUGGGUGAACUUCUCCCCUUUGAACGAGGACCAAAUCCCUGUUUGGACUGUGUGCUAUGCACUGGACAACACCCAGAAGGUUCAACUGUAUCCACAUUUUUUUUGUACAGAAAUGUUGACAUUCAUGCGAUGUGACAGCAUUACUCCUUCCUUUCUUUUCCCAUGUCUACAGUUUCUGACUCGUUGGUAAUAAAUGUUUCUCCCCCAGCAUUGUUUAAUUUUCAUUGAAGCAUUUCAGGAACAAAUUAAAGAAUAGAAUGUGAACAGGAUUUAGGGUUUGAGCAUGUUAACCGUCCCCGUGCGCUCGCUCUUGAUUUACACUCCUGCCUGAGCUCUUUACAAAUGGAAAGCUGACACAGCGAGGUAAUGGAUAGAGAGUGGAAAGGGCUUUGAAAUACAGGGGUUUUCUCUUGGGGAAGAAUAUUUUACCAAGUAUAUAUUCAUUAUUACAGUUAAAUAUUUUUAAACUGAAAAAUAAGUAAAAGCAAUACUAGUGUUAUGUUGAGAUUAAAUGGCAUUUGAAGGUU